AUGGGCCUCAAUCCAAACUACACAGAAGAAAACGACUGGGAAGUCAUCUCUGCGGGUUCCUCCUCCUCUUCCGCUGCGGAGGACGAAGUCUCGGAGCAAGACUUAAUCGUGGACGAUUACGAUAACAACAAUGAUGAAGAAGAGGAACGUCGUCAACUGUUGCCCUCAAGCGCAAGUCAAAUGUCGGUCAAUGGUGGUGAAGACGAAGGUCUGAAUGAAUUCCUUCAGCCAUUGACACAGAACAUGCACGAUGCUUCUGUCGAUAAUCAUAGUUCUGUUAUGGAGCACUCUACAGUGGAUAAGGAUAUCAACGCGGCCGUCAACGACAUGGACUCGAAUGCUGAAACUACUGCUGAUUCACUCCUUGUGGACACGGUCGUGGUGCCCAACAAUGAAGACGAAGAAGAAACAGAAACAGAAACAUCAUUCAAUAAUGAAAACAAGACAGCUGCGUCCAAGGAUGAUGCUAAUUGUACGCACGACUCCAAGGCGCAAGAUGCUCCCAAGCAACAAGAGGAGACUGGUGGCAACAACAACAAUGAAGAUGCUUCUCCUCCACCACAAUCGACACAACCUCCCAGAGGUCCUCAGAAGUUUGUUGCGUCGCUAGGAGCUUCGGUCAAGCACUUGGGCGAUGCCAUUGGCAAGGAGGGACAAAAGAUUGGUUCGUCAAUCCAAAAAGAAGGCCAAAAGAUUGGGACAUCCAUUCAAAAGGAAUCCCAAAAAUUGGGCAAGGCCAUUGAAGAAGAGACCAAACGGAUUGGACAAGUGUUUCAAAAGCCAAAGUCUCGGUCGCCCUCUCCACCAGCUCAUGCUCGGCAUGCCUCUCGGUCGCCACCUCGGAACGCAACUGCCAAAACUACCACAAUGGAGCAAGAUUCGUCCACGUCCUUUAUUGCCAAUGUCCUCACGGGAGCUGCCGUCUUGGCGGGUGGCAUUUUGUUGGCCCGCGGCAACAAGGGUGCCGGUGCGGCUCUCUUGGCCACCGGAGGGGCCACCUACAUGGCCAAUGAAGCAGCGAAGGAAUCUUCUCAAUUUGGAAGACACCGCCAUAAUACCAAUCUCAAUGAAGAAUUGGGAAUGCAAAUGAGUUAA